CCGCCAGAGUGGACGCGGAGGCUGAGGAGGCACCUGGAGCAAGGGCUGUUAGCACGUUGUCACCUCUCAGUGAUGUCCAGCAGACACUUGCAAAUGUGAAUCUGGAGCCUCUGAGAGAGGUUAGCCAUUCCUUCAGUGGUUAAUGCUGAAGGGUGGUGUUGAAGGAUAUAGAGAGAGAAGAGAGGAGGUCAGAGGACAGGAAGUUGGUGUCAGAGCAGAAAUCAGAAGCUUUUUGAGAAGUGGCAAAGGCACCAGGAGCAUGCUGUGCUUUGGAGGUGAAUUCUGGGGGCAGGCAGGCCCCGUCAGUGACCAGCCAUUGGAGAGGUGGUCAGGCUACCACCAGGAACCCAUCAGGAGGGUAGAUGGGCAUUAGGAGAGUGGGACAGAGGAGAAGCAAGGUGCAUGAAAGUACGGUACCCAUGGAAAAGUACAGAUUUAAGAGACUUGAAGUAGCUGAAUGGUUUCUUCUUUUGAGGGGAGUGCUGGAAAAGGUCAGAGUGGGGCAGAACGGGUUUCCCCCACUUCACUAACUUCUCCAGCCCAGAACAACCCCACAUCUUCUGAGCAUCUCUAACAAUUAUCCUCUGAACCAAACUAUUUAGCGCGAAGACAAAACCUUCCAUUGUCCUCAGCUUGGGGUGCAAGCCUGGUUAAAAUUGCACAGAUUGUAUAUUAGCAGGAAAUAAUGUUUGCUAUAUACUUGAUAAUCAACUGACAACACCAGGAAUUACUACACAAAAUGGAGGAAGAACCCAGGGGAAGACUUUUUUUUUUUUUUUCCUUUAAAGAAAGGGCAUGAUGAAGGACAGACAUGGGGAAAAUUCUGUUACUUUAAAAUGUGGGAAGCAGCGCCUGAGAACAAAUGGGGUUAUCAUGACAAUGUUAGAAAUUUGGGGCGAGUGAUGCCAGCAAUAUCAAUUUCAGAGGAGCUGCGUGGAGCGGUGUGUAAUGUAUUCCGCUGGGCAUGUUCUGUGGUGCUGUGAAGCCAGUGCAAUUCUUGUGCCUUGCAGCAACUGGGUCCUUUUGUAUUAGAGAGCUUUGGAGAUGUUAAGAGCAUUUGGGGAUCUUAGCAGAACUAAAAAAGAUCCUUCUUUUCAGAGGGUGUAUUAGAUAAGAUGGAAGAAAACUCAGAGGGGAAUAGAGCUGGAUAAGCUCUGUUUGCUUUAAGCCCUUCAGCCUGGAUACAUAGGUCUAGAUUUUGUCUUAGGCUGUUUCAGGUAUUCUCUAUGGCAAGGUGCACAGGUUAAUUAGCUCAGGUACAUGCACAUUUAAUGUGUGCAUUGGCAGAGAUAGAUAUAUACAUCCUCACCAUUUUUGAGGAUGUGUGUCUCUGGUAUGUGUCAACAUAUGUAUAUAUGAGUAUCUCAUCAUAUAUAUAUGCAUAUGUGUUAUAUGUAUGAUUACUCCGAGGUCAGUAUAUUCAUAUAUACAUCUGUACUUAUCCAUGAGUACCUAUGCACAUGUUUUAUAUGAGCUCAGUAUAGUAUAUACAUGCAUGCUUAGUGUAUACAUGCAUGCAGAUGUAUAUACACAUGUAAAUAUUUAUGAAUCCAAAUAUAUAUAUGCAUGUGCACGUGGAGUAUUUCACUGCACUACACACUACACAUACACGUGUGCUCCCACACGCCCUCACAAUUUAGAGACCAGUGACACCUUACAUUUAUAAAGUACUUUCCAUACUUUUCUGAUUGUUUCUGCAUCCUUUUUUUUCUAUUUUGAUUCCCAAAGCAAUUUUAGAAUGUUAAUGGGGAAAGAAAAGCCCCGUAAAACUAGCAGGAAAGAAGCCACUGAGCUGUCCAAGGACACAGAGCAAGUCACAGCUAGAGCCAAGAGAGGCCCCAGGUACUUGCCACUCUAAGCCUGCUACACUUUGCUGAGGAAUCAGAAGGCAAGACUCCUCAGGAUUAGUGAGGAGCCUGGAUUAUGAACAAUUACGAAGAUGUUCAGUUCCCCCACUUUUCUACUAUGCAUAGUAAAAUAUAAGGGGCUGACAAAGUGUCACACAAGAGAGUUCUUUUGAAGAAUCUAUUGUAAUAAAUAGAAAAGACAGUUGAAUAGUUUUCUAUAUGAACAAUGCUUCUAAGUGCUUAAGAAGAGCUUAUAUCAUGUAGGUUGAGCAGGCAUGCUGCAAUGCUUUGUAUGGUAUUUAUUUGUUUUGUCAACCCUUUCACUCCUUAAAUAAAAGUAAACUUGCACUCACCCCUGUCAGAGGGAUCAGCAUGGAGAACUGGUGGAACUGGAGUUCCUAAGGUUUUACGGUAACAGCGAUUAGGAAGGAAUGCACAUGUGUUUGUCUCCAGGAAGGUUAGAAAUGGAAAUAAAUGCAAAAAUAUGCUUUCUGGCACGUCGUCACUUUUAAUAUGAAGAUGGAAAGCACAAGACAGCUUUGUUUUACCUUUUUGGGGGGCUCGUGGCUGGUUUUCUUUUCUUGCUUCCUGGUUUUUGUUAGAAAGAAACUUGUUCAUUUCCCACCCACUCCACACCCCCUCCCCCAUGCUGAAAUAGCUGUCUAAGAUCAUCCUUUCAAGUGUUCAGACUUAGAGAAGGGAGAAGAAAAAGAAGUGUGAUUUAAAAUAUAUAUGUACAUCUUUUUUUUAAGCUUGCAAACUGGGAUUUCUAGACUCAAUUUGUGUUCUUGAGACAUUGGAGUCAAGUUUAUAUAUAGUUUUUGAUGUAGGACCUAAUUAGGCUCUCAGCAUAUCUUAAUACUUUCUGCUACAUCUGCAUUAAAGAUAACAUUGCAUACAUUUGCAUUUCAUUUACAUAAAAAAGUUAGCCAUGCUGUAUGUAACAAUCACUUUCACCAAGUACCGUUGACAGCAAAUAUUUUGAAUACGCAUGUGAAAAUCCUUGUCCACACAAAGCCUGUCCUGGAUUCUGUCGAAUCUCUCACAUUUGGAACUUGUUUUUGUGUAGUGUUACUUAGUCCAAUGGAGCCCUGGAGGUUAAGCCAACAAAUAAAAACGUAGGAAUCAAAAGAGCCUGAUUUAUGUGAUAUACUCAGCUUGAAACAUAAAGGCUCAGGUGAUACUCUUUUGGAUGUUGUUGAUAAUUUUAACAAUAAUGGUAAUCAAUGGUAAUAAUAAUGGUGUGAUUUUUAUGAUAUGUUUUAUAGGAAAGGGGAUAACUUUGAAAUAAAAAUAUUCAUUCAUUUCUUUAUUCAUUCAUACAUCUGUGGCUGAGUCUAUAUGGGGCAACCUUAUUUCCAGGCCUCAUUUAAUGGAUCUCAGGUUUAUCUGGGCCAUUUUACUUUAAAAGUAAGCUUUUACUGGGGGGACUACUCCACCAGUUUCUCAAAUGAGCUGCUGCUUGCCUCACACCCUGUGUCCAGCCAGGCACAUUUUCACAUUUCUCAUUGCCCAGUGGCCUGCCUCCCCGUUUCACCACAUUCAGCUAUUCUUUACUCCUUAUGGGUCCCGAAACCUCUGGGCAGGUUCUCUGGGGUGUGCUUCAUCAACAUCAGAUGAUGAUGGGCAUAGCUUAUGACGAUGUAGACUCUUCUGUGGUCUUGGGACCCAAAGCUCAUAGAACACACUCCUUCCAAGGAGUGUUCUUUAAAAAUGAUCCUAACGAAACACAGCUGGGAAUUGUUACAUACUUUUACCUCUUCUUGGAGAGCCACAUGCGCAGAGUAAAAAUCUUGCUUAACUUUCUGUAAGUUGGUAUUUCCCAAACCUUUGGAACCAUGAAGUCACCUGUUUAUCCUGGGAGACCAGUUUUCUGCAGUGAUUUUGGAAAUCACCAUUCUAUUUUAAGAACCGCAGAAGCAAUGAUGACAGCAACCAUAAUAUUAGUGGCUAGCAUUUGCUAGGAGCUUCUCGAAUGUCAGGUGCAAUGGACAGUAAUUUAUUUGUAUUAUCUCAUCUAAAUUCCCUCAAGAACUGUAUGCCAUUAUUAGCACCAUCUUAGAGAUGAGAAGACUGAGACAGAGAGAGGUUAAAUAACUUACUCUACAUUGUGGUACUAAUAAGAGAAAAAGGGGAAACUGGAGCCCAGCUUAUGCUCUUGUUUUUAGACCAUCUACAGUCUCUCACAAAGCCUGAUACUCUUCUGUUUCCAGGCUACUACUGCUAGUUCCUGCAGUCAUCUCUCCGAUAUCAUGACUCAAGCCCUCCUGUCGUCUUGGCCACGUUCCCCCUGGUUUAUCCAUAUUCCACGUAAACUGUGUUCAUCAUACUGAAAACAGACCCCUGGAGGAAUUCUGAGGUCCAAGGAUUUGGGCAAGGUCAUUACCUCCUUUUUCCUGGACCAUCUUCUUCAAUUAAUGCAACCUAAGACUGCAAUAAGCUCUUUUACAGGUAUCUCAGUAACGAAGAAGACACAUACAUCUCAAAUUGAAAUUAUUCCAUGCAAGAUCUGUGGAGACAAAUCAUCAGGAAUCCAUUAUGGUGUCAUUACAUGUGAAGGCUGCAAGGGCUUUUUCAGGAGAAGUCAGCAAAGCAAUGCCACCUACUCCUGUCCUCGUCAGAAGAACUGUUUGAUUGAUCGAACCAGUAGAAACCGCUGCCAACACUGUCGAUUACAGAAAUGCCUUGCCGUGGGGAUGUCUCGAGAUGCUGUAAAAUUUGGCCGAAUGUCAAAAAAGCAGAGAGACAGCUUGUAUGCAGAAGUGCAGAAACACCGGAUGCAGCAGCAGCAGCGCGACCACCAGCAGCAGCCUGGAGAGGCCGAGCCGCUGACGCCCACCUACAACAUCUCGGCCAACGGGCUGACGGAACUUCACGACGACCUCAGUAACUACAUUGACGGGCACACCCCUGAGGGGAGUAAGGCAGACUCCGCCGUCAGCAGCUUCUACCUGGACAUACAGCCUUCCCCAGACCAGUCAGGUCUUGAUAUCAAUGGAAUCAAACCAGAACCAAUAUGUGACUACACACCAGCAUCAGGCUUCUUUCCCUACUGUUCGUUCACCAACGGCGAGACUUCCCCAACUGUGUCCAUGGCAGAAUUAGAACACCUUGCACAGAAUAUAUCUAAAUCUCAUCUGGAAACCUGCCAAUACUUGAGAGAAGAGCUCCAGCAGAUAACGUGGCAGACCUUUUUGCAGGAAGAAAUUGAGAAUUAUCAAAACAAGCAGCGGGAGGUGAUGUGGCAAUUGUGUGCCAUCAAAAUUACAGAAGCUAUACAGUAUGUGGUGGAGUUUGCCAAACGCAUUGAUGGAUUUAUGGAACUGUGUCAAAAUGAUCAAAUUGUGCUUCUAAAAGCAGGUUCUCUAGAGGUGGUGUUUAUCAGAAUGUGCCGUGCCUUUGACUCUCAAAACAACACCGUGUACUUUGAUGGGAAGUAUGCCAGCCCCGACAUCUUCAAAUCCUUAGGUUGUGAAGACUUUAUUAGCUUUGUGUUUGAAUUUGGAAAGAGUUUAUGUUCUAUGCACCUGACUGAAGAUGAAAUUGCAUUAUUUUCUGCGUUCGUACUGAUGUCAGCAGAUCGCUCAUGGCUGCAAGAAAAGGUAAAAAUUGAAAAACUGCAACAGAAAAUUCAGCUAGCUCUUCAACAUGUCCUACAGAAGAAUCACCGAGAAGAUGGAAUACUAACAAAGUUAAUAUGCAAGGUGUCUACAUUAAGAGCCUUAUGUGGACGACAUACAGAAAAGCUAAUGGCAUUUAAAGCAAUAUACCCAGACAUUGUGCGACUUCAUUUUCCUCCAUUAUACAAGGAGUUGUUCACUUCAGAAUUUGAGCCAGCAAUGCAAAUUGAUGGGUAAAUGUUAUCACCUAAGCACUUCUAGAAUGUCUGAAGUACAAACGUGAAAAACAAACAAAAAAAUUAACCGAGACACUUUAUAUGGCCCUGCACAGACCUGGAGCGCCACACACUGCACAUCUUUUGGUGAUCGGGGUCAGGCAAAGGAGGGGAAACAAUGAAAACAAAUAAAAGUUGAACUUGUUUUUCUCAUGCAUAUGAUUUCCAUUAUGCCUACAGAUAUGGACCCUUUUUCUGUCUUGACUUCUUGAUCGUUGACCUCUGUUUACAACAGAAGGAGGGUACUAAAGUUGGAGGAUUUCCUUUUCUUGUAGCUCACUGCCCACAGACUUUCUACAGAGUCAGCAAUCUGUCAGUAACAACAGAGAGUCCAGCAAUAAUCGGUGACUGGUGUGCAUAGCGGAGGUUGCGGCAUUACUUUGCACAACUGGCUCUUUGUUUCAUGAAGGAAGUUUUUAUUUUUUCACCGAUUAUUGCCAGUCCGCAGGAUGGCAUGAAAAGGGUCCAUAGCAGUAGCAACAAUAGCAUUAUAAUAUAUUACAGGGUAAAUGGGCAUGAAGACUAUAUAUAGCUAAAAGAGAUAUUGUUUAUAUAUUGUUUUAAGUAAUAUAAAAUGUAGUUACUGGUGUAGCUUUUCCUGUUGAAUUGAUAAGGCACUUUCAUUUUGCACCUUUUUCUUUAAAUUAAAUGCUAGCGUGUUCACUGUCGUGUCGCAUGUGCACCAGAAACACAAGUUUAACUGAGAAGGCUUGGAAGGUACGUCGGGAGGUAUUUAUGCUGCUGUUUACAAAAUUACUUUUAAAAGACUGGCUGGUCAUAUCUAGAAAUCACCACGUUGGAUUUUUUUUUUUAAACAUGUGAAUUUGGAAUGAGAAACGGAACUCUCCCUAAAUUAUACUUUGCUUUUUGGUAAGUUUAAGGAUAGAUGUGUUUAUGCUUCAUACAAAGUUGAAUGAUUGAUUGGCGCAGUGGACGUAUACCAUCAUGCUCUUUUUUUGUUUUGUUUUGUUUUUAAAGCUUUUUAAAAUGCCACCUCAUGGAGGCAAGGGAGGGGAAGCUCAUUUUACACAAUUCAGUAGUUAAAUAUGGACUCGGUCUCAACUUGGAAUUCUUAUGCUUUGAGAACAAAUCAAUAACCAGAAUAUUUAUUGGAAUCUAGCUUUUAUUAUAAGAAGGACCCAAAGAUUAUAUCUCGAGCAAACGCACACUCCCCAUGUGAGGACAUGAAGCAUUUACUCUGUGAAUGUUUAAAUGUUCUUGGUAUAAUCUAGGAACCCUAUGAGUUUAUCUCAAAGUGAACUGAUUCUAGAUUUGUUGUCAAUAGAUGCUAUAUGUUGCUCUUCAUAUUUGAAAAACGAUGGAUAGGAGGGUGAGGGAAGCAUACAACGUUGAACCAGUUUCUCUUAUUUAAAUAUUAAAUACUUUAAGCCUUUAAAGUGAAGUUGAUGCUAGCUGCAAACAUUUACUCUUGUAUUUAUCUUCACUAGGAAACUGUGGACUGUAAUUUAUUUUAUUAAAUAUUUAGAAGAUUAUUUGGCUUGUGUGUUCAGGUGAGAAAUACUGAGUUGUUUUUGUUUAAUUUCAUGGUUUUUUUUUUUUUUUUUUUUUAAAUAAUCCCUAGUAGGGGAAGGGGAAAGGAACAGCCUGAUAAACAGGUGUGCAUAUUUUAAAAACAAGUGACCUUUUGGGAAUGUAGGCAUUUAGACGAUGAUUUUAGUCGCACUAGGGGUGGGAUUCAAACUACUGGUCAAAGACCAUUUUGUACAGAAAAGGGAACAUCUCCGAUGGGUGUUAAGGUAGGAGUUUCCACACAGCCCUUUAUGUCUGAGAAAUAGUCUCCUCUGCCAUUGGGGUCCCUGUGGAAUCUUCUACAGGAACUGCAGCUCUUCACAUCAUGCUGGGUUACCAGCAUGGGCUUCCCAGAGCACUUAACUCUGUUUCUAACUCCACAGACUUUUCUGACUUGUUUCCUGAGGGACUUGGAAAAGGGGAAGGUAUUAUUCACACAGAUGUGUGUAUGAAGCCUAAAUAACAUCCAACUUUUUUUUCAAAAACAUAGUAAGAGUUUAACCAUAAAUAGAAGAUAAGAGUAAUAUUCCUUUAAAUUUCUUACAGGCAUGUAAAAUUUUAUGUGUUUAUAGAGAGAUGCUAACUGUCAGCAUAUAGUAUUUAUAUUGGGGCAAGAAGGGUUAAAUCAAAUCUUUAAUUUAAAUAAGCAUAGUUCCUUUAAAGAUCAAUAGUAUUUAUACUCUGAAAAGAGUACCAAGCUUAGUUCAGUUAUUUAUUCAUCCAUUUUUUUUUCUAUUAUUUCUCCUUUGAGGGGAAAUGGUGUUUUGUUUUUGUUUGAGUUUUGUUUUUUUGGUUUUUUGGUUUUGGUUUUGUUUUGUUGUCAUUCAGAUUCACUAAAUUUGGGGAUGGUUUUAUUAAAGUAUAUUAACUUCUUUUUAACCAAAGCUUUCUGAAUAUGACCAGCCUCAGGUGCUAGCGCAUUAAAGAGCAACUAAACCUAAUUCCAGUGUCCAUUUGUGAAAUAAUAAAAGCUAAUUAAAUUUCUCUAAGGGUGAGAGAGAACAUAAUGUUGAACUUAAAAGAAAUUCCUUUUCCCAGAAAGGAUUCUGCAUGUAGCUACAAACAAACAAACUCAUGCUCUAACCUCAGUAAUAGUCAUGCCAUGGUGACAUUGCUUUUAUGGUAAACCAAGAUAGGUAAUAUGAUGCUUCUUCCCAGGUGUUUCUGAAAGGAAAGCAGGGGUGGAGCUUAAGAGCCAAGUCCACUGAUCGACAUAGUGGAAUGGAAUAGUAGACAGAGACAUGCUCCAUGAAACAAGAAAACAACUGACUACUCUUUGGAUCGAAGUUGGGAUCUGAUGUUGAACAAUAAAUUCAGUUUAAAAAAAAAAUAUGGAGCUCAGAAAAGGAUGUGAAAAACUUUGUAUUUUCCUUUCUUCAUUAUUAUAAAAACACCUAUGUGACCUAUAAAAUACUUGGGUGAUAGCAGAACAAUUAUCCUAAAUAGUUCUUAUAAUUAAAGUUUCCUAAAUUUCAAUCUCCAAUAUUUUAAGGAUUAGAACCACAUCAGUGUCAGCCCCGCUGCUAUAAUGCCUUUAUACUAUUUUUUUUUACAUAAGGCAAAUAAGGCUUUUGUACAAAGCCUGAAUACCUUCUGUUCCACUGGUGUCCAAAUGGUUAUUAUAUUGUGAAAAACCUGGCCUUGGUCACAAUGCAAACAAAAGUACAGAUGAAAGUGCUUUUUGGACAGUUUGCAAAUUGUGUUAAAGCUAUGGAUUUUUUUAAAAGUGUUCAGCAUCUUAAUUUGUAUUAAAGCUAUGGAUUUUUUUUUAAAGUCUUCAGCAUCCUAAUUCACCCUUUCUAACUUAAGAAAAACGUGACUUAAGACACUGCUUCUAAGUUUGGUUGUUCUUUAUAGUGUGGAUACCCAGUUAUCUGUGAGCAUAUGGGGGUGGGCUGAGAGUCAGGUGAGGAAGGAGUGUGUGUGUGUGUGUGUGUGUGUGAUUUGCAUGUGUAUGAUGUGUGUGCGUCGGACCGCUUCUAGGCUACUAAGUGUCAAUGGAAAAGAAAAUGUAUUCAAAAUACUUAAAUCAAAACUAGAAGAUGGGAAAAAAAAAAGAUUUAUUCUAUACAAAGCCUUGUCUGGACCACUUUAGAGAGACUUCUAUUUUUUUAACCCUUCUAUAAAUAUUUGAUGGCACUUGAAAUAUUCCUGCAAUAAAAUGUGAUUUGUGUAAAGAAAAAAAGAUUUUGUAAUGUGAAACAAAGAAAGAAAGUAAUGUAAUUUUCUAAAAAAAAAAAUACAAACAAACAAACUUUGUAUUAUUUUCUUGAUGGAAUUUGUCUAUCUGUCUUUGGAAAACUUUUUAUUUCAUUGAAUGUGCCAUAGUAGAAAUGUGUGUUUUUAGUUUUAGACUAAGGAAUAGCUAGCUGUUGUGUUCCGACAUUCCAAAAUGCAAAACCUAGUAGUAUCUUUCAUGAAAAGGUUUAAGUAGUAUGUAAGCUUCUCUCAUUGUUGCUUUUUUGCACAUGUUCUUCAUUCCUCUCUAGUGCAAUAUGUACAUAGAGCACUUGCGGGUGUACCUUGAUCCCUCAGGGAAAAAUACAUAUUUGUACAGUUUUUUGGGGUUUUUUUGUUUUUUGGGUUUUGUUUUGUUUUGUUUUGCCUUUUGUUUUUGGCUAAGGAAUGUCGAUCGAAUCACUUCUUAUUGUUGAGGGGCAGCCAGAUAAUAAUCCUAAAGCCACUGUUUCAAACAUUGAUUGUUUAAAUCAUAUGUCCUUCCAAUGCUAUUAUUUUAAGAUAAUAAUAAAAAGUUAUUUUCUGACAGUUCUUUGUGCUGAUUGGUGAAAAACAAGGGUAAAUAAGCACCUUAUAAUUGACUUACUGUGAAUGACAAUCCAUCUUGAUAUCAACGAUAGAAGCCCUAUCAUUUUGGAGUUGGGGUUAAGAGUCAGAAACGAUGUGCUCAGGGAUCUCCUAAAACUCUUAAAACAGGGUGGCCAGUACUACUGGGACAAAUUGUGUUUUUUAUUAUUAAUAAUAAUGAUAAUAAUACUAUCCCUCCAAGGCACAAGUGAACUAUAUAGAACUGCGUGUGUGUAAACUCUUUACUCUCGUCUCAUUUUGUUGAGUUCAGAACUUGAUGUGCUCUUCAGUCUUGUGUUUCAAAACACUGAAUAACUUCCAAAGCAAAGUUAUGCCAGUGUAUUCAAAAGAUAAAUUAAUAGAUAAUGUACCAGCAAAGAGCAUCAUUCAAAGUAUAGUCCUUGCAUAUUCCAGUUACCAUUUCUCUAAUAAUUAAAAUAUUCAUGAUAAAUAUAUAUAUAGCAUCAUAUGUUAAAAUCUAUUUCAAAUUCUACAUAUUAAGGAUGAAAAUUUUUAAAACCAGUAAUAAGAGGAGAGACCUGCCUAUCAGUAUAGUGAUAUAGGUAAAAGAUAAACUACAAAAUACCAGCAAUUAACUAUUGUUUUCAUGCGUUCUCCUCUAGAAGCAAACCAAAAAUUCCUUCAUGGAAAACAAUUCUUACUUCUACAUGUGUAGUUUAUAUCUGAUGCAUUACAAGAGCUAAUGUUUAAAGACAAAACAAAACCUGCCUGUAUGACAGCAGCACCUCGAGCCAACAUUUAGUGUUACAUGUUAUAUUUUUUUGUUAUCAUAUUCCACAUAUUACUUUCCAUAAAGUCAAAGAAGUUCAGUGUAAUUGUUGGCUCUGAUUCUUCCAUCUUGGGAUACACAUUCACAAGAAGAUUUAUAUAUUUUCUUACUAUGACAGAGGAACGUAAUCUGGGAAAACUUCCCAUGUCUAUAAGAUGAAAAGGAUACCUUUACCAUGUUGUUUUUGAUAAUAAAGAAUAUGGAAACCGGUAGAAAUCUCUCCUCUCUGUGUGUAUUUGUAUAUGUGUGUAUACACACACACGUUAUUGACAUUUUUACAUAACAUGUGAUUGCCUCUUCUUAUAAAGUUAUGAUAUAGAACCCCAUGAAAACAACUUCAUAUUAUAGAUCAAGUAAUGUGCCCAGAAAUGCAAUUGCAACAGUAAAUCUUGAUCUAUUGGUAAUAGUCUAUGAUACAGGUCUUCUAUUCUGUACCUAAAUAUAAUAUUAGUAAAGAGGUUCAAUCAGAUUUUAUUAUAGAGACCUUCCUCUUGCUAUUUAUUUUUAAGAGAUGAGAAGACUGACUAACAAUGUCUCCACAGUGCAAUUGGCUUCACUUCUGGAUCUGUCUGUCUGUCUGUGUAGGUGAGAUCAGUGUUGUCAGGCUCUCAGAAUAAUUUUUAAAAGAAUCCAGAAGCCUGACUUCAUACCAAGUAGCCAUCCUAGAUGGGCAGGGGGGAUCUCCAUGUUCAACCAAACCCUCAGAACUUAGAGCAAUAAAUACAUUCAGUCAUUUAUGUAUAAAUGAAUGACAGAAUAUUCAAUCCAAAUAGAAACAACCUUUUUUCAGUGAUGCAAGAUAACAUGGAGUCUUAUAUUGAGAAAGUGAAUAUGAAUAUUUUAAAUAGAUGCCUAGAAAAUCUGUGUUUGCUGUUUACAUUUAGUGUACUUUGCCACAUUAGCAGUACCACACUUCUUUUUCUUUCAUCCUUCUAAGAACUAAUGAAAGAUAACUUGCUAUUAGCUUUGACAUGCUGCACAUGCCAUUAUGUUGUUCUCUAAGAACAACUAAAUUCUCUCCAGUGUUCAUGUGUGAUUCCUUUUUCAUCAUUAUUACUUUAAUGUGGAUGAAUACUAUUUCUAGGAACUUGUCACUGAACAGAUUGCAUAUGUAAAUGCAGAUAAUUCUUCAGCAAUAUAGUGAAAAUGAUUUCACAAAAAAAAAAAAAAAUCCAUAUGUACUGUAUACAUCUUCCUGAAUCCAAAAUUCUCUUGUUAUCCACACAGUCUGAAAUCUCAUAUUAAACAGUGGUAAAUUUUUAAACAUUAGGACAUUAGCUGGCUGCUUCUAUAAAUGUACCUGUACUGUCUGCCUGCUCCUUUUGUGGAGAUGUGUUUUUGUAUUGGAUGUUUGGGCCAAUGGGAGGCUUCAAGCUACAACAUAUUUUCCCAGUUUAAAUAAUAUUUAACAUAUGACAAACCCCAGACAAGGCUUUUAAUAUGUAUAAAGAACUGCAGUGUUAGGUGGUUUAUUUGCAAACCGUUUUCAAUGUUGUCCAUUUUUAUGGCACCUUUAACAAUAUUCUUGUUUCCAAAGUACAAAAAAAAUAGGUUAAAUAAUCUAGCCAUAACUGAAUGUCAAGCAAUAAAACAAAUGACUUUUGUGCAUAGACUUAAAAAAUACAAAUUUUAGACAUCUGCAUGUAAAUGCAAUCUCUUGUUUACUGCUUUCUUCAACUUGAGCAAUCGAUUCCUUAUUUACUAUUAACUUAAGAACUUGUAAUGGCCUGUAAACAUUUUCUCUCUUACUCUUCUUUCAAAUUUACCUGUCCCUGCUUUUGAGUCAUAAUAUUUAAUGUUGUUCUGCACAUCUCUAUACAGUUAACUUUUUGGCUUUCAUUCUGUAUAGAUAAGAAAAUGUUAUAUUAUAAACAGCCUACUCAGUGCAAAUAUUUAUCUGUUUAUCAAAUCCACAAUAUGCUGUAUAAUACCAGUUUUACUAUAUAAUCUAUUUUAGACAUAGCUGUUUAGAACUAGAGUGUGCUAUUUUUGUGUUUUUCUGAUGUGUGGUGCUAGACAAGUUACUUUUGUGAACAACAAAAAAUAUCCCUUUUAUUCCUAGACAAUACCACCUUUGGGUCUUGUUAAUUUCACUGAGUAUAACUAUAUAUUUGUAUAUAUAUACAUAUAUAUAUAUAUCUCUACCUAUGCCCAACUGGCAGCUGUAUCAGAGUGCUGGAUUUGGGACAUGCUUUUCUCUUUAAAUACAUAAUAUCGUUAUAUAAAUUAUUCUAGAGUGUAUUUAAUUAGGAUAAAAUUACUUCCUUAGUAUGGAUAUUUGACAUCUAUAGGGUGAAUUUGUUUAUAAAUAUGGCUAUAUGGAAACUUAUUAGCAUUUACUUUAUGUUUGCUACUUGGCUUUAUAGCAUAUCUCCUAAGCUGAAAAAUAAUUUGCCAGGCCUUCAAGAUCCUAAAGAAACUUGUUUAAUGGAGUAAUAUACUUUUUUUUCUUAUUAAGGAAUUAUAUUAUGGGCACCUAACAGAAUUGUAUUCUUAGCUCCUAUUAUAGAUAAUAGGCAUUUAUAUAAAAUAUCCUAGAUGGCUUGAUGGCAGAAUAAACCUUUCCCCUCCUACCUGAGUCAUGAGAAGGAUGGAGACGUCCUCUGCCAGAACAUGGGCCAUAAAGCAAAUUCGACACGGGAUGUUCUGUUUCAAUAUAACCUCAACCAGUUCCAUGAACUGAGUGAAGGACCUUCAUUUUUAAAGUUAUUUAAUAAUGAGCUUAAUUAAGCCUUUCUACGCAUUCUCCCAAGAUCUAUUGGCAUUAUUAAAAAGCAAAGUUUAUCAAAUAUCUAACUAAGGAUGUAGUUAACCUUAUUAAAUAUUGAUUAGAAUUGUUCUGUAAUAUUACUGAAUUUGUAAGAUCUUUAGCAAAGAUUUUUGAGCAAUUUAUAAAUGUAGAGCAAAUGUUUCUGUUUACUGCACUUUUUGUAAUUGAAGGUGAUAAAUUCUCAAGCCAUGAUUAUUGGCUUCCAUGCACUGCAUAUUUACCCACAAUUCUAGACAUUUUCCAUUUUUGUGGAAGAGUUGCUGUUACCUUAACUAUAAAUGCAAUUGUGUGGUUAAUGAGAGCUAAUGCUAGUAGUUAACCUUUUAAAGUGGAUUGGCUACAGUUGAGGGAGAAAUCUCUUUUAAUAUAAAUCACAUCAUUCCUUAACUGCCUCGCUUGGAAAGAGAUUGAAACCUUUUUUUUUUAAAGCACCAUUUAGCAUCCUAAGUUUCCUGAGGGUAGAGAUUGUAUGUAUCUCUUUGCGUCUGCACAAUGGCUAGCACAGGUCAGCAUUUGACAAUUGUUAAAUGAUAACAAGUGUGCCCCAAUUAAAACUUUCUUCCUGGGUUGUUUUGUGAAAUUUAUAAAGUAAGCCAAGCCUUAUGGUUAACAUUCUCUUCUACAACCAAGUAUUAAAGCCACAUUUAAAAAGACCACAUGAAAUGCUGAUUCUAAUUGUGUGUAGGUCUUGAGGAUGAAGCACACAAAUUUCACAAACCUCUGUGUGAGUAAACAAACUCAGCCUUCUGUAAAUAUACAUGCAAGUUUGGAAACAGUAAUACUGUACCUAUGAAUAUAUGGUCUGUUUUGUGUACAGUAUGUAAAAACUCCUUUUCUGCCACACUAAAAAUGCAAGCCAUUUAUGGGAAUCCUAAAACUAGUACUGAACUAAAACUUUGCUAAUGAUCUUUAUUAGAGGAUCAUCCAACUUUCCACUUACCUUGGGUUUUCUUUUCAAUUCACUCUUACAGUAGUCUGCUUAUUUCCAGCUGUUUAUUUUAUUGAGUCCUGAAUUUAAAAAAAAAAAAAAUAUUUUGAUUCAUUUUGUAAAUACAAGCUGUACAAAAAAGAGAGAUUUAAUGUUGUCUUUUAAAUACUCCAAUUUUCAUUCUAAUAUGAAUGUUGUUAUAUUGUACUUAGAAACUGUACCUUUAAUAUUACAUUACCUUUAUUAAAAGUGCAUUGAACACAUCAAUUUUAGAUGUGCUUUAUGUACUGUUAUCCUAUAAUAAAACUUCAGCUUCUAAUGGAA